AUGUCCAGAGCAUUCACACCUGAAUCUGUGGGACCGCUGGGCCACCGGCCCAUGGCACCACUUCAACAGGAGCUUGCCAGUGCUCGUGCUGAGAUUAGAAAUCUUAGAAACGAGCAAAGGGGUAAUUGGGAGGCAUGGAUGGAUGAGAGGGUAAAGCUGGGCUACAGAAUUCACAACGGGAAGUACAAAGUGAACCGUCUGGAGGGACUCAUUGACGUCAGAGAAAAUGGAUUCAAGGAAGAACUCCAGUUUAAUGUCCAGACUAUUGAAAGGCUGGAGGCUGAGAUCCAACGCCUCAACAGCACCCUCAAAUUAAGAGACGAGCAGGUGGAGCUUAUCCAGCGCCUGCAGAAGGAGCAGGAAGAGAAGAUGUGGGCUCAACUUAAGGAGGAGAGACAGAAAGUUCAUGAGCUCCAAGAACAGCUUUUUCAGGCGUCUCAGGAGAAGCUGAAGGCUGUUUCUCUGAGCAAGAACAAUGAAACAAUGCUAAAGCUCACAAAACAGCAGCUUGAGCAGAGGGACAACCACAUCAUGGAGCUGAGGAGGGAGAAAGAGGGUCUCACUCAAAGACUCAUUGAGACCACAACUCAGCUGCAAAACGAGACCCUCCAGAAGAAAAAAAGGAAAGACCUGGAGGAGGAGAACCAGAUCUUGAAGACCAGAGUCAGUGAGCUGGAGAAAAUGAACAAAGAUCUGGUGGAAAAGGAGGAAAGUCUGACCUUCAGAGUUGAAGAGGCCGAGAUGGCAAAAGAAAGAGUGAUUGAGAAGGAAAAGACUCUGACAGACAGAAUUCAAGAGUUAGAGGAGGAGAAGAGGGAGCUGACUCAUCUUGUCUCUCUAAAGAAAAGACGCUUCCUGUCCAGAGUCUUUCAAAAGGAGACAGAGGAGGAGAAAACCCUCCGAAAACAACUUAAAGAAAAGAAGAAGGAAUUAAGGCAGCUGAGAGAAAGAGAAAAAGAGGAGGAAAGAGAACAAGAAGAAGAGCAAAGAGAACAAGAAGAGGAAAGAGAACAUGAAGAAGAGGAAAGAGAAUAUGAAGAGGAGAAAAGCAAAAACCAAGACAGGGGGAAGAAGAGAGUCAAAAAAGGUCUGUGGACCUUAAGAAAGAAGAAAAACAGAAACACCCGGGUGGAGGAGGUUGCUGGUUGCUCAGCUGAUGUCGAGGAACAUUAG